CCCUCCACCUCGCAGGGAUCCCGGGCCCCGCGGCAGCCGGGUAAAGCCGGGCUGAGGCAGAGAGCGGCUGCUUUGGGGGACGGAAGGUCACGUGAGGCUUCUUGGUCCCGUGGGUGGAGACGAAAAGCUGCGGUUAAGGAGGGUCGGAUUUAACCGUCACGGGGAAGCGCGCUCUACGAGAUCGCGGAGGGGGCUGAGGUAGGGACGAGGCGGCGGGCGCUUUCCCGGGCGCUCUUUCGAGUGACACCUGCGCCCCCUUGGCUGGCUGGCGUCUGGCGGACUCCACCGGAGGGUGGACGGGCCCCGCAGGAACCUUCGGGCCACCCUCAGGCCACCGCCGACUCUGCCGCGCGUCUGGAGGCGCUGGCCUCGCGCGGGGCGGCGGAGUUGGGACCGUCUUGGGGCCCCUGGGAGCUCCGGAGAGCGAUAGUGAAUUCCCAAGAAGAAAAUAAUGGAUUUCAUAUUAGUUAUUCUCUAAAUGUUUGGACUCAGCAGCGUGUAGGUUUGUUGCAAAAGCUAAAAGAAGAUGGCAACUCCUUAUGUCCCAGUUCCCAUGCCCAUAGGGAACUCUGCUUCCACUUUUACAACCAACAGAAACCAAAGAAGUUCUUCUUUUGGGAGUAUCUCAACAAGUUCAAACUCUUCCAAAGGCCAGUUAGAGGACUCAAAUAUGGGUAAUUUUAAACAGACAAGUGUACCUGAUCAAAUGGAUAGUACUUCAUCUGUCUGUAGCAGUCCCCUCAUUAGGACUAAAUUUACAGGUGCAGAUUCUUCCAUUGAGUAUUCUACUAGACCAAGAGAAAGUGAGGAACAAAAUCCUGAAACAGUGUGUUUGGAAGAUAGACCUUCUACACCUACUAUAUUGGGUUAUGAGGUGAUGGAAGAAAGAGCUAAAUUUACCGUAUAUAAAAUACUAGUAAAGAAAACCCCAGAAGAAAGCUGGGUGGUUUUCAGAAGAUACACUGACUUCUCUAGGCUUAAUGAUAAAUUAAAAGAGAUGUUUCCAGGCUUUCGAUUAGCACUUCCACCAAAACGCUGGUUCAAAGAUAAUUACAAUGCCGACUUUUUAGAAGAUAGACAAUUAGGAUUGCAAGCGUUUCUUCAAAAUUUAGUGGCUCACAAGGACAUUGCUAACUGCCUCGCAGUGAGAGAAUUUCUUUGUCUGGAUGAUCCACCAGGUCCAUUUGAUAGCCUAGAAGAAAGCAGGGCUUUCUGUGAAACUUUAGAAGAGACAAAUUACCGUUUUCAAAAAGAACUACUUGAAAAACAAAAAGAGGUGGAAUCACUGAAGAAACUGCUCAAUGAAAAGCAACUUCAUAUAGAUACUCUAGAGAACAGAAUUAGAACAUUGUCUUUAGAACCUGAACAAUCACUGCUCAUAUGUGGAACGGAAGGUGGACACAUCCCAAAGGUGGAGUCCUCUGCACCUGAGGUUGAUAGAGAUGAUUUACAUGAUGAAUCUAGAGCUGAUGAUAAGCCAUGCUUAAGUUUGAGUGAACCUGAAAAUUCUGUAUCAGACAUAGAAGUAGCAGAAGUGGCAUACAGUGCUGAGGACGACUAACUGCGAGCAGUUCCUUCCAUUUCUAUGUUUCAGCAAAUUUAGAAUAGAGUGGGAAAUAGUUAAAAAUAAAAGAAAGACUGAAGCAUUUACAGAAAACAAAAAGAUUGCACAUGUAUAAAGUUUACAUAAAGAAAAGUUUUUUAAGUUAUUGGGAUAGGAAAUGUAUUCAUUGCUGCUUUAAACUAUCUUUUAUCCAACCUUUGUAUUUAAUACACCAAAAAAAAAAUCUAGUUAGAAUUCUGUUAUCAAAACUAAAUUCUUAAAUAAUGUGCAUAAAUUAUUUUGGCUUUUUGCCAAUAUAUUGCUCCAAACUAAUGUGUGUAUGCGCGCUUGUGUGUGUGUGUGUGUAUGCGUGUCUGUGUUUGUGUUUAAAUUGCCAAUUAUAUCAGUUAAGUGGACAUUAAAUGCAUGUUGCUAUCUGGUUGAUAUAUACUUCUUUGUAUCUCUGACAUGAUAUAUUUUCAUUAGUGGUUUAAAUCAGUGGUAAAGAUGAAUUAAGUUUUAAAUAUUGACAUGUUUGCCAUCUGUAAAUAAAAAUUGCCUGUUUCAAUGUUAUUGCUAUUUAAAAAGAAGAAAACUUUCUAAUACCAAAGGAAAACUAUUUGAAAGAGCUAUAGUAACAUAUAAUAGCAUAGCUAAAGUGAUAAAAUAGCCUUGAUUUUAAAAGCUAACUCAUUAUCAGAAUAAGUGUCCUAGUUUAUUAUAAUAUGUUGUACUGAUUUUCCACAUAAUCUUUAUCUUAAAUCUCUACCUGUAGAAUCAGUGAGUUUGCCUCUUUCAGAAUACUACCUCUUUUUGCUAAUCAAAAUAUACUCUUUUGAAAAUACUGAUUCUAAGCAAAUAGGGAGUUAUACAAAAAAAACACAAAAUAAAAAGCCAUAUAUACUAUAAAGUUCCUAACUAUGUUGACUCCUGGGAUUGCAUUUUUAUCUCUGCAUAUGUGAAUAUGUUGCUAUAAUGUAUUAAGGCUGAUUUUCCUUUUAAUAUAUUUAGCCAAGUGAUGCACUUUAUGAUAAUUAAACUCUUUUGUGCCAAGUUUAAUUGGUGAAUUUCUUUAGUAAGUGGAGUUAGGAAAAACUUAUGUAGUGCCUUCACUGUUUCACUUUUAUACACCAGUCUGCUAGAAUCUGUGAGUCAGCUUUAUGAAAAAGUGUUUAUUUCAGAUUUGCUUAUAGUUGUUCAAAGUGCCUUGUUUCGUUUUUAUAAUAUGUAGUUACUCAUUUAUUUUCUAUUUCCACUGCUUUGCAUAUUGCUGUUAAUAAGUACUGUGAUCAUGCUAGCAUUCUGAAAUUCUACUUGGUUUUUUGAACUGCAUGUGCUUUCUAAAAGCUGAGGGAAACUUACUAGGGAAAUAGAAUAACGAUCUCCAAUUUUGUUUUCUUCACCAUCUAAAAGUUUAUUGGUAUCUUGAUGUACAUAUUAAAAUGUGGUUGUUUAAAAUUCUACUUAAGUAGAUAAAAGAUCAAUUGGCUAUUGUCAACUUUUGAUCUAAAAAGGGACUUUUUACCAAAGGACCAAAAAUUGUAAAAAAAAAAACCUUUGUCCAAAUGCACAGGUAUGUUUUGUCUCAAAAUAUAUUCCACAAAGUAUACUAGAAAUGUGUUUACUAUCUUGGGAGAUAGAAAAAAUGUAAUAAACUAUUCUAUCUGUUCAUUUCAAAUAUUCUAGGCCUAAAAAGGCGUAAAAAGAACAAUCAUUUAAAUUAAUAUCAUUUUUAGUCGAAUAAAACAAGAUGAUCUUUGCUGAAUUUUAGACGUUAUAGUGCUAUAUUCAUGUCUGCUUUAAAGUGAACCAUAUAUUUUCAAAAUCUAGCCUUUAAGAACAUUGUAUGUAAAGUUUUGGAUGAGUAAAGAAAAACCCUUGUUGAUAAGCCACUAUUAUUUAUAUUUAGAAUUUACUUUUUUUUUUUACUUUUGUGAUGCAUUUUAUUCCCAGUAUUCAUUUAAUAAAUUAUUUUUUCAGUACAGCAGUAGCUAUGUUGUUUAGAUCUUGAAUACCAUUUUCCCCCUUCAAUUUCAAUGUUCUCUCUAUCCCUUACAAUUAUUGUAAAUUUAAUUAUACUUAACUGCUGCAUUUCACAGACAUGGAAUGAGUUUAUGAUUUUUUUAAGUUUAUACUUCAUAUUACUGAUAAUUUUAAGUCUUUGUGAAUAGGUGCAGUACACUUCAUAUGUAACCAAUAUUAAUAAAAAAAUUGAA